AGCCUGUGCUGCACAGUUCACCCUCUCAGAAAUAGUUGCUCUUGAACAAUGGAGGAAAUCUAUGUCAAUGUUGAAUAUAUAAAAUCUGUUGACUCAACACCUCCAACAAAUCAGACAGGUCCAAGGAGUUCAGAGAGGAGAUUUCAUGGAGCUGUUGUUCUCUGUCUGGGGCUGCUGAGUGUUUUCCUGCUGGCUGGACUCAUCGGCCUCGGUGUCCACUACAGUGAUGUGAACCAUGGUUUAACUGAAGAGAGAGACCUGCUGAAUGCCAACCUCACUGAAACUACUGAGGAGCUACACCGGCUUCAGAGUUUGUCUAAGCAGAACAGUGAUGUGAUCCGUGGUUUAACUGAAGAGAGAGACCUACUGAAUAUCAACCUCACUGAAACUACUCAGGAGCUACACCGGCUUCAGAGUUUGUCUAAGCAGAACAGUGAUGUGGUUCGUGGUUUAACUGAAGAGAGAGACCUGCUGAAUGCCAAACUCAGUGAAACUACUAAGAAGCUACACCGGCUGCAGUGUUUGUCCAUGCAAAAUCAAACUUGUCCUGCAGGAUGGAAGAUGUUCAGCUGUUCCUGUUAUCGUCUCUCCAGUGAGCGUGGUUCCUGGUCAACAGGCAGACAGGACUGCAGAGAGAGAGGAGCAGAUCUGGUGGUUAUAAACAGCCUUGAAGAACAGAAGUUCUUCUCUACCUUCACCGAGAAAGAAACUAUGAGUUGGAUUGGUUUGACUGACAGAGACACAGAGGGAACCUGGAAAUGGAUUGAUGGAACACUGCUGACUUUAAGCUACUGGGGGACAAAUCAGCCUGAUAAUGGAGCUGGAACGUACGGUGAAGAGGACUGUGCACAUUUCUAUACUGGCUCUAAAACUCUAAACAACUGGAAUGAUCUGCCAUGUCGUGUUUAUCUGCAGUGGACCUGUGAGAAAAAUGCUGAUGUCUAAUAUAUAAUAUAAAGUGCUUUUACAAAGUAAGCUAAG